GUCGUUUGAAAGUUCAAUAUCAAUGGCAAGAUCGUUAAUGCAUUAAAACUGAUCGAUUUUAAUCUAGCUACAUGAACACAUUGCUGUCUAAAUACGCUAUAUAUACAUUAGACAGUCACAUUGUUUAUGAUUUGAAAACAAACGGAUAAGGGAUAUGGCGUUAGAAGUCUCCCCCAGUCAACUGCAGUUUGAGAGUGUGGAAGAACCAUCCCAGAUAGAACUUACAUUGAACAAUGGAUGCAGCAAUGCAGUCACGUACAGAUUCCGUCUUCAGUCCAAGGCGAUCAUAAUCAACCAUCCAAAGGGCACCCUAGAAAAACAACAAGCAAAAACGAUCUUAGUUGACUACGAUCCAAAUUUGAACACAUCCAAAGACAUUCUGCUAAGUAUGCAGCUAAAAUCUUCCGAGGUACAGGAUGGGAAACCAGGAAAGGAGCAUACGAAAUUAAUACCGAUUAGCUUCCUUGCAGAGAAAGACAUGGAGGACGAAAUGUUUAAAUCACCGAUGAGUUCCGAAGUAAAACAGCAGCGGACGGACGGACGAUGGUGGAAAAAGUGAAUCCAACAUUCAGCGUUUUUUUUAAAUCUCAAACAGACUAUGUUUGCAAUGGAUAUGGAAUUGAUUUGUAUUCAAUUGUGUUUUCGAUUUACUUGAUAAGAUGUUUUACAAUGUAACCAGAUAUUGCAAAUGUUGGACUCAAUGGGAAAUUGAUCUGGAAUAUUAAAAUUAUCUGUCCUUAUGUGAACAAAAAAUAAUAUUAACAUAAACAUGUUAAUUUUAUAUCUAUCUGACAAUUGCUGCAAAAUUAUAAAUAUACAAUACCUUCUGGUGCCAUAUCCGGUCACUUAAUAAAUUGUAAUGACUAAA